UCAGGAGUUUUAGUGUUUAAACAUAAAUUUAGGUGUAAUGGCUUCUGAGGCAAACCACCCUGAACAAGUUGACAAAAUAUUGGAUGGCUUUAAGCUGAAUUGGAUGAAUCUAAGAGAUGCCUCAUCUGGUAAAGUUUUAUGGCAAGGUGAUUCUGAUUUAUCAAAGCCAGGAUUCGAACAUGAAGCUCGUGUGCCGAAGAAAAUUCUCAAAUGCAAAGCAGUUUCACGUGAAAUCAACUUUUCCUCGUUAGAGGUCAUGGAAAAGUUUCGACUUGAACAAAGAGUUCUAUUUAAAGGCAAAUGUCUUGAAGAAUGGUUUUUCGAAUUUGGUUUCGUGAUACCUGAUUCUACCAAUACAUGGCAAUCUGUUAUUGAAGCAGCUCCUGCUAGCCAAAUGAUGCCAGCAAGUGUGCUUAGUGGAAAUGUGGUGAUUGAGACACAAUUUUACGAUGAUGACGUUUUAGUGAGCACUUCACGUGUUCGAAUUUAUUAUGUUUGAACAAAUCUUUCAAUAUUUCCCAAAACCAAGGCUGUGCAUACUAAGAAACUUCUACUUUUGGAAUCCAUACAAAGAUCAUAUUUCAUGUUUCUUAAGGAUACGGGAUAACGUUCUUUUUAACAUAACAAACUUUAUUUUUUUAUUUUCAAACCACUGGUAUUGUAGCUUAGGGUCUUGGAGUGGUACUGUGUGUAAUUACAUAAACUGUGUCAAAUAAAUAAUUUGUUUUAUCUCAACACUUUUUUAGCCUCACACUUUAAUUUUCAUUGGUUAAUACUUAAAUUUCCUGCGCUAAACUAAGAAAUGGGAUAUUGGUUUUAAUGCUAAUUAAUUUAUCUAUUUCAGAUUUUCCACAGUAACCAUUCUGUGUUGUAGGCACUUACAAAGAAGCUGUUUGCAAUAAAAUUUUACAGCUAUGUUCUGUGUAACUCUCGUUUUUUUGUGCAUUUUUAACUAUGUCACCUGUGGUUGGCUGUUAAUUUCUGUAUGCAACAUUUCUUGUAAAACUCACUUAUUUUUCGAAAACAAUUUGAUUUAUAGAACAAUGAAACUUUAAAAGAUAUGCUUGUAAAUGGUUAGGACUGCCAUUUUAAAUUUGCCAAAUCAUUGAAUAAAAUAUCAACAAUGAAAGACAAGACAAUUAGAAUAUACGGAACUUGAUUAUUAAUUCUCAAACACUUGAUAAUCUGUUCAUUUAGAAAGCACAUUUUGUUGAUCAGCCAAUUGGCCACUUGUGUGUUCACGCUUUUUGUAAUAAAAUUUUGCUUCUCACUGUU